UAAGAACUACCUAAGAUGACAAAAAAGAAAAUCUUUUUGACUUUUUAGUUUGAUCCCAUCAUAUUGACAACGAGGAGGCAGAGUUUCUUGCCUAUACUGCAGCCAACCACCAGGGGCGACCCUGAUGAUUAUGCCUCCUUUGGGGACCAGUCUUAUUCCAACAUGACUGACGCGAGAAAAGUAUCCACUUUGCCUGGUGGGACAUUAACGUCAAAACGACAACAUUUCCCGUGAGCCUUUGCCAUUGUAAUCAUCCGAAGACUACCGGGAGCUGCAGUAUUUGGAAUUUAACCCCCCACAGGCUGUCACCUGUGUGUGGAAGUGGGACGUAGUGGUGUUGGACUCAGAAAGAGGACUCACCCACUGUCAACUUACAAAUCGACAGUAAAAUACAUAACUGGGACACACGGUGACCGUGUGUGAGCCCACCGCUGAAGCCGUGGUGAUGGAGCCUCCCAGACCUGACGGCUUCCUGGGGUCCCCCUGCGGCGCUGGCGACAGCGCCGCCUCUCUCGAUGACGUAGUUGUGGAUACAGCCAAGUACGUCCACACCAAGACGCAAAACCACCACGACACCAUGGUCUCAUGGGCUUUGGUUCCCAAGCAGCAAGAUAAAUCUGAGAGUGAGUCUUCAGAGGAAGAGUCCACAGGGGAGAGGGAAGAGGAGAUCGGAGACCAUAAUGAAGUCACGUGCAGCGCCAAGGCUACAGAGGUCCUUGCUGAACAGACCUCACACACACAAACAGUGAACGCCCAGCGGCCAAACUCCCUGCCGGUGCCAGCGGCGGCAGCAGAGCCCGGCCUGUGGACGUCACAGGGGGACGGGGAGGUGAAACUGAGGAUGGGCGACUCUGGCAUGGCUGCGGAGACCCCACUGACCAUCCACCAGAUCUUCACCUCCACCGUGGAGCGCUUUGGUAGCUACACAGCUCUGGGCUGGAAGGAGGGCGAGCAGCAGAAGAGCCUGAACUACAGGGAAUACUACCAGACCUGCCGCACUGCAGCCAAGAGCUUCCUCAAGCUUGGUUUGCAGCGCUACCACGGCGUCGGCAUCCUGGGCUUCAACUCGGCCGAGUGGUUCAUUGCUGACAUCGGCGCCAUUUUGGCAGGUGGGUUUGCCGUGGGCAUCUACACCACCAACUCCCCUGACGCGUGCCAGUACGUCGCGGAAAACUGCAAGGCCAAUAUACUUGUGGUGGAGAACCACAAACAGCUGCAGAAGAUCCUUCAGGUUGAAGACAAGCUUCCCCACUUGAAAGCCAUCAUCCAGUACAAGGAUGCGCUGCAAGAGAAGAGACCGAAUCUGUACACGUGGGCGGAGUUCAUGGAGCUCGGACGCGAUGAGUCCGACGCUCCCCUCGACGCCAUCAUCUCCAGCCAGAAGCCCAACCAGUGCUGCACGCUCAUCUACACCUCAGGAACCACAGGCCAGCCCAAAGGAGUCAUGCUGAGCCAUGACAAUCUAACAUGGACCGCGCUCUCCACCAUCCGUCACGUGCGCCUGACGGACGCCACGCAGGCGCAGGAGGUGGUGGUGAGCUACCUGCCGCUCAGCCACAUCGCGGCUCAGAUGGUGGACAUCUGGGUCACCAUGAAGGUCGGAGGGGCAACCUACUUCGCUCAGCCCGAUGCCCUCAAGGGUUCUCUGGUGAACACCUUGAAGGAGGUGCGUCCCACCGCCUUCAUGGGCGUCCCCCGCGUCUGGGAAAAGAUGCAGGAGAAGAUGAAGUCUGCUGGAGCAAAGUCUUCCACUGUGCGCAGGAAAGUGGCCGCGUGGGCCAAAGAUGUUGGUCUGCAGACAAAUCUUUCCAAGAUGAACCAAAACGGAGCAGUUGGCCACACACCACUCAGCUACCACAUAGCCAAAAAGCUUGUGUUCAAAAAGGUGCGCAAGGCCCUGGGUCUGGACCGCUGCAGUAAGUGUUACACGGGCGCCGCGCCCAUCACCAAAGACACGCUGGAGUUCUUCCUCAGCCUGAAUGUUCCUCUGUACGAGCUGUACGGCAUGAGCGAGAACACCGGCCCUCACACCAUCUCCCUCCCCGAAGCCUUCAAGCUCACCAGCUGUGGGAAAACGAUCCCAGGGUGCAAGACCAAGCUGCACAACCCAGACGAGGAGGGAAAUGGUGAGAUCUGCUUCUGGGGUCGCCACGUCUUCAUGGGUUACCUCAACAUGGCCGAGAAGACCGAGGAGGCCCUGGACGCGGAGGGCUGGCUGCACUCGGGUGACCUGGGCAAACACGACCAGAACGGAUUCCUCUUCAUCACCGGGAGAAUCAAAGAGCUGAUCAUCACAGCAGGGGGCGAAAACAUUCCACCUGUUCCCAUCGAGGACGCAGUGAAAGAUGCCGUGCCGCUGAUUAGCAACGCCAUGUUGAUCGGAGACAAGAGGAAGUUUCUGUCUAUGCUGCUCACCAUCAAGUGCAAUGUUAACGGCGACACAGGCGACCCAGAGGACGAGCUGUCCCCAGAGGCCGUGGAGCUCUGCAGGAGGCUGGGCAGCAACGCCAUGCGGGUCUCCGAGAUCGCCAGUGGCCGAGACCGGGCGGUCCACACCGCCAUCCAGGAGGGAAUCAACCGUGUCAACGAGAAGGCCCCCUCCAACGCCCAGCGCAUCCAGAAGUGGAUCAUUCUGGACCGGGACUUCUCCGUAGGCGGAGGAGAGCUGGGCCCGACCAUGAAGCUGAAGCGUCCGGUGGUGGCGAAGAUGUACAAGGAGCAGAUCGAGAACUUUUACAAGGAGCUGCCGACUCCGACGACUCCCGACAACCCGCUGCCUCCCAAAUAGAGCCGCUCGCUCCUCCACCUGCAGGGAGAUCGGGCAGACAACUGUCCACCACCGUCAUACAACCCCUCUCUCCCUGUCGCCUGUCACCAUUCCCCACCUCCCACCCCCUUGUAUAAAUGUUUUGAUUGCCUGAAGUUUUGGUCGUUGGGUCUUGGUUUACAUUUGUGGUUGUUGCACAAAGAGGAUUGAGAGGAAGCCAUUGUUAAAAUAGCUUUAUCAUUUUUGAAGGUUCCAAAAUCUGAAUUCAACUAUUUAUUAUUCUCACAGGGACGAGAGCAGUAAUAUCCGAUAGAUGAAGUGGCAGCAGCCGUUUGUAGGAAGGGUUUUAUUGUGCUGUAAUACUUGAUGGGAAAAAAACAACAACUCAAGUUUUGAAGAAGUAAAUUGUGUUUGUAACAUGUUUUAUUUAUUUUCAAUUUGCCAAAGUUUAUAUGGGGCUGAAAAAGCUUUGAAUGAAGGAAUAAUUGUGGACAACACCUCAUUUGAAUUCAACAAUCAUAUCAAAUGUUUACUGGCCUUUUUGCAUGUACAUGUUUUUUUUCUCUCUUGUCUUUGUCGGCCCUGGAUUUAAAUAAAGUUUAUUUUGUACAUGAACUUCAGAAAGUUUUCUGCAAAGGUAAGACUCAGUUGUUGAACGUGAAUUGAAAAUCUCACAACUGAAGCAUUUGAGUUUUUUUCAUGGUGUAAAAAACUAUUUAAGCCAUAUAUUUUUUCUUAUCGCGGUUGUAAAGUCAAACUGUUCUUUGUGUCGACUCCUUGCAGCAAAACAGUCCGUCUUUGUGUAGCCCCUUCUGGACUUUGUGGAUUGUAAAUACAGUUUGCCUACAUAAUCUUCAUUCUUUCUAUUUAUUUUUAUUUUUUUGUUGAUUAAAUUUCUAUUUUAUCAGCCUAUAAAAUAUCUACUUUUCUUGCCAUUGCAAACUGAUGAAAGUGUGACUGGGAUGGAAGAUGUACAGAAUGUAGGCAAUAGGUUAAUGGAAAAAAAGGGUGAAUAUACUGUAUCAGCUGCAUUUUAAACUGCCCUUAUUGGUCUGUUUUCAUACGUUAUGCAUGAAAUAUAUUAAUGUUCAAAUGCUCAGGUUGUAACACCCUGACCACGUAUGUGAUUCAUGUACAUGACGAAACCGUAUUAAAGUACAUUAUAGGUAUUCGUAGCAGUCCGAUGGUUGAUAAUGAAGGCUAUGAUUUACACAAAGCAUUUAAAGUUCAAGGUAAAUAAAAAAGCAACGUGGGUUUCGUGUAUAAAGUUUAAAAAAAAAGAAGGAAAUGACGGUGAUUCCGUGUCUGGGUCAGUGGGUUUGUCUUGCUGUAACAGUUUGACAGUUUAUCAUAAAAGUUUGUCAUCUUUGAAAUGUACCAAAGAUUCCGAUUCAUGAAGAACUGUGUUGAGUACACAAGACCCCUGAGACAGAGAACUGGAUUCACCUGAACCUGAAGGAGCCGUUUAAAAAAAAUAUCAGGGUUGAAAAGAUGAAGAUGUGUGUGUGACGAAGCCGAGCUGUUUGUGUGUACAGUCGAAAGAAAUGUGAAUGUUUGUGUGAUCAGUUAUCAGGAAUAAACAUUGAUUACGCUGAUGAA